AAACACAACGAGAUUAUCUAUUGUUGUACUUAUUUUUAUUUUAUUUUUCGUUUAAUGUCGAAACAAUUGCGAUCAAAAUUAUAAAUCGGAAAACGUCGUAGUAGUCGAUGUGAGCCUUAUAUGGCUGUACUUUAAGGCGAUUAUUGUCCGAAAUCGAUAGAAUGGAAAGUUGAAAUCAACGGCAUUCCUUAGUACAUUGUACAGUUCCGUUAAAUCGAGGUCGUAAUCGUUGCGUCUCGUUCUUUCUCUCACGUCAUUGGAUCAUAUUGUCGCACUCUGGUUGUUGAUUCGCUGUUUCUGGGCGACGGUUCUAUAGCUAAAUUCCAGGGAAAGUUCAUUUCAUUUGUGAUCACCUCGCUUAAGAGAACAGUCGGGUAGCUGGUUUUAUUAGAUGAAAAAUGCGAAGAAAAUUAGAAUUCUGUCCCUUGUACAUAGUAGGACAGAUUUAAACAGUGAAUGAGUGAAAUCUAUGCCAUUUCAAUACUAUUUUCCUGCCUAGUGAUCUAAAAUUAGAUUUGAAAAUGGCGCUCGUAUGUGAUAUUAAAAGUAUGGAAACGGAAGAGGCUAAGCCUGAGGCUUCUCCUCUUGCAGAGGAACAAAACGAAACACAAGAACCCCCGGAAUCUCAACCCCUGCCUUCUUCUAAUGAGGAUCUCGAAGAUGGGGAGAUUGAAGACGACGAUGAAGAAGAAGAGAUUCCACCCAAAGAUGAGGCAGCUCGCUCGCAAUCUCCUCAAAACAACCCUCAACAACAACAGCAGCAGCAACUACCAGAAACUUCCCCCACUCACAACUCCCAAGGAAACAGUAAUUCUGAGACUGAUCAUCGUUCUUCCGAACAUAGUAAGUUUGGUGGCGAAGGGAAGUUUGGGGAUGGAAGUAAAUUCGGAUCGCCCAACAGCCGAUUCCAUGGGAAAUACAGGGACAGGUGGAGGUUCGAACGAAGAGAGGAGAGGAGAGGUAGUAGCGGGGAUGACAAGAGCGGAAAACAUCUUACAGAAGCUGAGAAAAGUGUCAUGUAUUUGCAUAAACUGGAAAGGAUGGAACGAGAAAAGAGGGAAAAGUACAAAAGGGAACAUGGGGUGUUAGUCGACGAUUUUGCAAGCAACAUAGAAAAGGCAAUUGCCAACGUGCUGAAGAAGGAGCAAAAGGACAAAGAGGGCAACAUUAUCAAGACAAGUGACGAUGAAAAGGAAGAAAUAAAAAGGGGAAAAAAACGAAAAAAGAAAGACAAAGAUAAAAAGAAGUCGAAACAACGUCGCAUGGAGUCCCCAAAAGGCGACGGCAGUUACCCCUCAGACGACAACAAAGACUUUCCGGGUUUGAGGGCAGUUGACAACAAGCCUUUGUUCGGUUCGCCACGAGAUGGCAGUGGUGGCAUCGGCAUUAACAACAGAACGCCACCGUUCGAGUCGCGGUCACCUUCUAGAUCCGAGAACGACGAGGGUACCGAGUCGGAUGGCUCCCUAAACCGGAUCUAUGACGAUAAGGGCGGGAGCGAAAAGCUACAGCAGCAACGUCAGAGGGAUCGGAAGUACAAUAACAACCGGAAAAACUCACAAUCGCGUGGACGCAACAGUAGAGAUAGACGCGAACACCGGAAACACAAUCAGGACCGUAACAAAGAUAAAAAGGCGCCUGCGCCCGAACCACAACAGAAAGAUGCGCAGAGUGUUUGCGUGUUUUAUAUGCAGGGGAAAUGUCACAAGGGUGACGACUGUACCUAUUCCCACGAGGCGUUGCCUCCAAUGAAACUUGAGCUAUGCAAAUUUUAUUUGAUGGACUGCUGUGCCAAAGGGGACAAAUGUCUCUAUAUGCAUUCGGAAUUCCCCUGUAAAUUUUAUCACACGGGCCUCAAGUGUUUCGCGGAAGAAAACUGUAAAUUCUCCCACGGGAAACCACUCAGUGGAGGUCUAAAGCAAAUUUUGUUCAAACAUAUAGAGACUGCCCCGAAAGAGAUUUUGGGCGAUUUUCCUAGAUUAACAAGAGAUGGCGCUAUUAACAUGAUCAAUCAGACGCAAAAAACAUUGGAAUCGACGUAUGGUUGCGAAGGGGGCGGAGGAUCCGGAGGUGAUGAUGACAAAGACACUAUACCGUCCCUUUUCGAUAUCAGCGUUGCGAUGCCUGGCGAUAUGCAAAACGACGGAGAACCUAAAGAGAAAAAAGAGAAGACUGAAAAAUCGGGAAAUAGAGAGAGAAAAUCGAGAUGGCAAGACGCCGAUCCUGCCGAAACUGCCGCAGCUUUACAGGAACAGCAGAUUCAGAUGGCCCUGAGGAUAAAAGGUUUCUAUGCAGAACGAGAUCAGGACAUGAGAGUUACCAGUAAUGGAGACGUAGAUAUGCGCACAAUGCCUCCCCAUUUGGCGGCGAUGCCUCUUUCCAUUCCUCCCUUGACUGCACCGCCGCCUAUCGUUACAACUACCUUCCCUAAGGUGGGAGACACUUCAAUGAUGUUUAGUCAGGACGUCGACAUCAGGAACACGGUGGACGUGGACAUUAGGAACGCGACAAGUUUCUUCGAUACCAAGGAUGUGGAUAUCCGUAGACCACCCCCCAACUAUACCCCUUUAGACGUAGAUACGAGACAGAUCGAUUUUGCAAAGGAUAUUGACAUCAGGCAUUUUAACAGCAUGCCGGUCGAAAGGAGUGGCGGCGACAGAGACGAUCGCGAUCUAGGUGAAGAAUCCAACCUCGAAAUAGUCACCGACGAAGAUCAUCGAGGUGGACAACAUAUGACUAAGGGAGAUGUCGAUAGUCGGACGUUAAAUAGUGACGGAAGUGUUACGAGCCAAGAUAUCGACACUCGAAUCGGUUUCGGUGGAACUUUACCUCCCAAUCUCCCCAAGAAGCAAAUGGAGCUGUUCUUACGGAUCCAGGCGCAACAAAAGGAUGCAGUACCCAACGUCCAGGGUCUUGAACAUGACGACAACGAUGACGCUAACGUGGACUGGUAUUCAGAUGACGAUGACGAUUGCAGGUUAACGAUAAAAGAUGACAUCGAAGAGACCAAGUCCAAAGUGGAGGAAAAACAAGAAAGGUCUCCAUCACCGACUACUUCUCUAAUUCCUCAAAUUAAACCAAAUGAGGUAAUGGAGAAGUUGGGCGAUCUCUCGAAAAUAGAUAUAUCUGCAGAAGUGACCAAGCUUUUAAGUUCUAUCAGUCAAGGCGCCAUGAGUCCUAAGGAGACCGUAGCAAAAGUGUCUGGACCUGCUAAAGACCCUAGAUUGGCUUCCUACUCGUCUAAUACUACGGAACCACCCAAGGUAUCACCCGCAGACCCGAGACGUUCCAGGGUUCCAUCGACCGAAAGCAAGCUGAAAGAGACCAAACUCAGUGUAUACGAGCAGGGCAGUUUGUCAAUUGAGAACGCGAAAAAGGACGUGGACUUGAGAAACGUUGGUAAGGACACGGACUUAAGAACUCCCUUGGGCGAUUUGGACUUGAGAAGUGGUAUGCGACCAGAUAUUGAUCUCCGCAACUUGAACUUGCCAUUUAAAGCCAUUCAGAACUACACCCCAGCAACUGAAGUCGAUGCCAGUAUCAAUUCUCACCCUCCCAUACAAUGGAAAGUGAUGGUAGUCGAUAUUCCACAACCUGACUACACUGGAUUAAAAUUGACGGUGCAAGACGCCCAUACUACUGGAGAUCCGCGCCUGCGUAAGAUAUUCAGAUUGAGCGUUGACGAGAAAGAGAGUCCCGCUAGUCCCAAGGAGAGUCCUAAGGUGACGCAGCUUAGAGUCGAUCCUCGUCGGCGAAAAAUGGAAGAAAACAAAACGGAUACAAUAACUCCCCAGAUGACAUACUCGCAACAGUUGAACGUCCUGCAGAGUUCCGCGUUUUACCAGAGCCUCACGAGCAACCAGAAGCUGCUUUUGAAUCAGGAAUUAGCUGCAAAGACUGAUGGAAGUGGUAGUUGCGAUCCAGUACUGACAGGAUUGUUGUCCAAUUUGGGUUUAUUACCUAACGUAUCAGUCCCCACGAGCUUAGCAUCCAUCCCUAACAGUAGCGCACUGAAUAUACUUGCCAACAUAAACAACAUUCCGAUGGGCCCAAAUCCUGCUGCAAUGCUCGGUCCCAACCCUCUCCUGAUGGGACAAAACCCUAACCAGGCGAUAAUGGGAACCAAUGUCCCGCCUCCCGGUUUGAUGGGACAGAAUACGAAUUUUACGCACGUAGGUCCCAAUAUGAUGUCGCAAAAUCCGACCGCGAUGGGACCUCAUGGAGGAUUACUCGGUCCCGUCCCUCCCCCCAACGAUUUUCAGCUCAAUUUUGAUCCACGUCAGGGAGGACUUUUGGGUAACGCACCCUUAGACUUCCCACCGCCUCAUCAAGGUCCCAAUUAUGGUCCUGGAGGGGUAGAAGAUUAUUAUCCCGAUGGAGAUGUCGGUCCAGCAGGAGGAACAGGUGGAGGAGGUGUAGGCGGAGGAGGAGGAGGUGGCGGGGGAGGUGGUGGCGGUGGC